AUGGAAACCAAAAUGCACGAUCUAGUCAAGGAGUUUGUGGUGACUAUUCCUGAUGGGUGUGAUGAUGUGAAAAGUGAUGACUAUAGGAAGGUGCAUAUUAGAGGAAAUGUCGUGACAUUUUAUCCAACAGUGAUCAACAAAUUUCUGGGAAGAACAAAAGAACCUCAUGCUGAACUAGAGGUUAUAGAUGACCAAGUGUGCAAGGAGAUAACUGCCAAGCAGGUAAGACACUGGCCAAACAAAGGGAAGUUAUCUGCUGAAAAGCUAAAUGUCAAAUAUGCUAUCCUUCAUAGGAUUGGGACUGCCAACUGGGGCCCCACUAAUCACACCUCAACUAUCUCUACUGCUCUUGAGAAGUUUAUUUAUGUUAUUGGGACAAGAAGAGAGGUUGACUUUGGGAAGUACAUCUUUGAACAAGUUUUAAAACAAACCUUCUCCACUGCUGUGAAAAUGCCUAUCCGUUUUCCAUCUCUAAUCUAUGGGAUAAUCUUGAGCCAACAUCCUGGUAUUUUACUGCCUAUUGAUAGUGUGAAGAAAAUGGAUUCUCCUUUAUCACUUCACUACAAACUUUUUGCUAUAACACAUGUCCCAAAUAUUGUCAUGACAUCUUCUCAGGAGACUUAUAAAGAGUUGAAGGAUUCCAUCAGAUCUAGCACUGCUACAAAGAACAUAAUUGAGAAAUUGAUGAAGGCUUUGAUGGAAGAAGAGAAGAAGGAAGCUGAACAGGGUGGUGAUGAUAAUGAAGGAACUGAUGUUAAGGACUAUGCUGGUGGGGAUGAUGCUGAAACUGAUGAAGAGAAAGAAGUUUAA